GGUGGCCGCUGCACCGCAGUUCCGAUACAGAAGAAGAAGAGACCUCUCCUGUCAUGUAACGUGACCAAGGUUGUCACCGAGAUUCCGCAGUCAAACAUGAACGUUUUUUGAUAGAAUACGGACGCACUGUUUGAGGUCACCAUGCGCGCCCCCUGCUUCCUGACCUCCGCCGGCAGAAGCUUCUGUCUGUCGCUCUCUGCUGCUGCUCAGCUCAGCUCCCGCCCGCUGGGAAUCAGCUGCUCCAUCACACGAAGAAGUAUGACUUCCAAAAGGCAGAUGGAUCAUCUGGAGAGGACGGCGAGUAAUUACAGACAAAAUGCUCUGUAUCCAGCUCAAGUGUGCGGGAUAGUGGACGAGUCGGAGACCGUCAAACGCUUGAGGAUAGCAGUGCAUCCUGACUUCAACUUCAAAGCAGGACAGUGGGUGGAUUUCUUUAUCCCCGGUGUGGAGAAGGUGGGGGGCUUCUCCAUGUGCUCCAGUCCCGGGCUGCUGCAGAGGGAAGGCGUCAUUGAACUGGCAGUUAAAUACGCCAAACACCCGCCGGCUCACUGGGUUCACACCAGGUGCGCCGUGGGCUCCGAUGUGGCCAUGCGUGUCGGGGGGGAGUUCUUCUUCGACCCGGCCCCCUCGGAGCCGCGUGUGGACCUGCUGCUGGUGGCCGGCGGGGUGGGCAUCAACCCUCUCUACUCCAUCUACCUGCACACGGCGGAUCUGCUGCGCUCCAACCUCAGUGCUGCCGGGGGUCCCAACUACAACAUCGGGUCUGCUCACCUGUGCUACAGCGCCAAGAGCUGCGAGGAGCUGCUCUUUAAGGCUUCCAUCACACAGGUGUGUGAGAAGUUCCCGGACCAGUUCUCCUGCAGCUUCCACGUCACUCAGCAGAGCACGGACAUCGACCCAAACCUGCAGCCUUUUGUCAACCACAAUCGAAUCACACAGGAGGAUCUGCGGACUCACGUGGACCCACAUAAGACUCUGUGCUACCUCUGUGGACCCCCUCCUAUGAUCGAAGCCGUUUCACAAACCCUCCAGGACUUGGGACUUUCUCAGGACAGAAUCCUCUUUGAGAAAUGGUGGUAGAAACAUGGGGGGGUUGUCUCCUCCUGGACCUACUCUCAGGUUAAUAGGAAGUCGAGCAGUGGCUGCUAGCUGCUACAGAAAAUUUGGAAAUGGGCUAGUGAACCCAUAUUCCUUCAUUUUUCUGUCUGCUUCCCCCCCUCCAGGAAUCUUCACACCUCAGACUCUAUUUAUGACUUCAUGUUACACUCGCGUUGUGCUGCCUGCACAAGCCCAAAUCACACAUUCCCAUGCAGUUCCUGCUCUCCCAGAGUGGGACGCCGUGGUGGUAAUGGAACCUCCGGGUGGGCUGAGGGUGACUCGCUCUUCAGAUGCUCCCGCGCACGAUGAUGUGAUUUUUUUAAUGGAAAUAAAACAACAGGCAGA